AUUUAGUUUGGUUUAUGAGGUGACGUCAGCUGAUUCAGGAUCGGUGGCUGGUAUAUAAUGGAUCAGUCGAGUUGCAGUAUCACAGUACAAUCUAAGCAUCUCUCAUUGCUACUCCACUGCACCCACCCAAUUACUUCAACAUGAAACUGUUUGUGAUCGCCGCUCUCGUCGCCGUGGCCGCUGCCGGUCGUCUUGAAAGCCUGGAACGCUCCUACCUUCCUCCUGACAACUCUGUCGGAGUCGCGAGGUCCUUGGGUUCCAACGGAGGCUUCGGCUCCGGCUCCAACGGAGGCUUCGGCUCCGGUUCCCACGGCUCCUUCGGAUCUAACUCUGGUGCCUUCGGCGCUGCUGGAGCAGGUCUUCAGGGCCGCAACGCUGGUGCUCGCUACUCUGGUGCCACCUCCAACCAGUACCUGCCUCCCAACCAUGGACCUUCUGGUUCCCAGGGUGCUUCUCUGUUUGCUCGCUCCCAGAAUGGUUUCAGUGGCCAGCAACAGUACAAUGGAAACGGUGCUGCUCAUGGUGCUGCUCAUGGUGCUGCCCGUGGUAUUGCUCAGCAGUACUCCGCUCCUAGCUCCCAAUUCGGUUCUCAGGGUUCCAACGCCUUUGGAUCUCACCAGGGAUCUCACUCCUUCGGAUCUCAGGGCUCCAACUCUUUCGGAUCUAACCAGGGAUCUCACUCCUUCGGAUCACAGGGUUCCAACGCUUUCGGAUCUCAAGGCUCCAACUCUUUCGGAUCUCAGCAAGGCCAGUACUCCCGGCAGUCUGCUGCCACCAGCCGUCAAUACCUGGCUCCCAAGACCUACCAGAGCUCUCCCCAACAAGCUUUCGACGAGAAAACUGGAUACCAGUACUAAGUUCUUAAUCCCUUAGUUCUAUGAGUAUCUUUGUAGCAAAUGUACAUAUGUAUACAAAAUAAAUAGCUGUGUAUAAUAUUA